CAGCGAAUGAACGAUUCUUAAAAUCACACGUGCAAGAAAUCAGAGAUAUGUAGUCUUCAUUGCGAAUUGUUUCGAGAAUUCUCGAUUAUUUUAAAAACAAAUAUUCUAAAAGUCUUUGAAAAACCCUGCUUUGUGAUAUGGCGAAGUGUUGGAUAGUAUUAUUAACGAUAUUUAAUGGAAUAGUAUUGAGUACAGCCGAGGUCUUCUCUGCUCUUUCACAUACAGAGCGAGUUUUAGGUAUAGAACUGGAGUUAAUCGAUGCAUUGGACGCUCAUAUUAGACAACAAGAGACACAACUCAAAGUUCUUAAAGAUUUUUCGCGGGAAGUACGAGGGGCAGUUAAACAAGCUGAAAAGGAAGGAACCAGUUUUUUAAGUCAUCCUGUGAAUUCGUAUCUUAUGAUUAAAAGAUUUGUAAAUGAGUGGCCAUCGAUUGAGAAAACUGUCAACCAAGAAUCUACAGAAGAAGCCAUCUUAUUAGCAAAACUUGAUGUAUGGAAAAGAAGAUUUCCAGACGAAUAUGAUUUAAAAGGAGCCAUAACAGCCAUCAAAAGACUGCAAGAGGUCUACUCACUAGAACCUGCUGAUUUCUCUGAAGGCCGUUUCGGCAGCCAUCACGGGUCUGAAUACAUGUUAGGCCCACGUGACACCUUUACUAUUGGAAGAUAUUCAUAUAUUGAAGAUGAUUUUGAGGCAACAAGACAGUGGAUGUUGGAGACUCUACGUCUGAUGGACUUGGGAAUUGGAAAUGAGACGGCUUAUCCAGAUAGGGCAGAGGUGCUAGAUCAUCUUGCUUUUGCAGAAUACAAGACAGAGGAUGUCGAAAGUGCAAUGAUCCAUACACUAGAGCUGAUCAAGAUAAACCCAACAAAUGAACGCGCUCGAAACAAUGUCAUUCACUAUGGUGAAGUGUACGAAAGCAACAAGGAGCACUUUGAAGAGAUAAAACGCCUAAGAAAAAGAAAAAGACCAAAUGGAAAACAUGGCUGGAUGGGACGAAGACUCCAACAAAAAAGUUUGCAAGAUGUGAACUGGCAUAUUGAGAGAGAUGUAUACAAAAGGCUUUGCCGUGGUGAAAAGCUUCCUAAGUCUCCUCAAGACCACAAAAGACUCAACUGUUGGUACUUCACGGCAGACCCGUUGUGCACCAUCAAGAGAUGUGCUGUGGAGCGUGUGUUUACAGACCCUGAUAUCCUCAUCUUUAAGGAUAUCAUGUCUGACAGUGAAAUCAAUGAAGUUCGAAAGAUAUCCGAGCCUAUGCUUAACAGAGCGACUGUACACAACCCACUGACGGGAAAGCUUGAAACAGCACAAUAUAGAAUCAGCAAAAAUUGCUGGCUGACAAAGAAGGAUGGAAAUGUUAUUCAGAAAAUUGAAAAUCGAAUCGCAGCUAUGACAAGACUAGACCUGCAGACGGCAGAAGGCUUCCAGGUUCAAAACUAUGGACUGGCAGGACACUACGACCCACAUUUUGAUUUCUCAAGGAAUCUGAGCAAUUCAUCACUCGGAGCUCUUGGGACUGGUAACAGAUUAGCCACAGUACUUUUAUAUAUGACUAAAGUAGAAGCCGGAGGUGCAACUGUAUUCCCAUAUAUUGGUGCUCGAGUCCUUCCUCAAAAGGGCGAUGCGGUGUUCUGGCACAACCUCUUACGAUCAGGAGAGGGAGAUUUUCGUACACGACACGCUGGCUGCCCUGUUCUGUCGGGAAUCAAAUGGGUGGCCAACAAAUGGAUACACGAGUAUGGGAACGAGUUCACUCGACCGUGUUCGCUGCGAUCAGACGAAUGAUGACCAUCACCCGUUACCAUAGAUAAUGGCGACUCACAUUGACGUAGAUAUAUAUAGUAACGACACUCGCAUCCACUAAAUUAGACAGAGUUUACAAUGCCUUUUAAUUGAAAGAGAUUUGUAGUAUUUUUAGAAUAUUCAAUUUUUAUGUCGCGCUAAAAAUUUUAUAAAGGCUAAUUUUGAUAAUUUUAUACCCCCGCCACCUUAAUGAAAUUAAGAAAUUUUAACCAACAUAAUGAUUUAUAAUGAUCUUAGAAGAUGGGAUUACAUGCAGCGGGACUGGAAAUUAGGUCACCGGCCGGGAAAUAAUGAAAAAUGGAAUUGCAAACCUGGGAUUACCCCAAGGUUCAUCACUGGGUCUGGGAUGGAAUUUAGGUCACGAGCCGGGAAUUAAUGAAAAGUAGAAUUGCAAACCUGGGGUUACCUCAAGUUUCAUCACUGGGUCCGAGAUGGAAUUUAGGUCACAGACCGGGAAUUAAUGAAAAGUAGAAUUGCAAACCUGGGGUUACCCCAAGGUUCAUCACUGGGUCUGGGAUGGAAUUUAGGUCAUAGACCGGGAAUUAAUGAAAAGUAGAAUUGCAAACCUGGGAUUACCUCGAGUUCAUCACUGGGUCUGGAAUAAAUUGUCUAGUAUUUUACAAUCAAAUGAUUAAAAUAAAACCUAUAUUUUUAGCAAUA